UAGGCUUGGUGGCUAGCUAUUCUUAAAAAAAGCACCUCCAAUCCGUUGCUCGCUUUGAUUAUUUUUCCUGUGGAUCUUUUAAGCUUCCUGUGAAGAAAGGGGGAGAGCAAAGGAGGACAUGAGCGUUUGGUGAUACAGCAAAGGGUGUACGUCCCAUAUCUUAUAGAGUCUGGUUAGAGGAAUGGUGUCUCUUUUUUUGACAGUUUCGGGCUAAAUAUCUUCCACGAACAAUGAAUUUACUACCAUCCAACCCACACGGAAAUGGACUUCUUUAUGCUGGAUUCAACCAAGAUCAUGGAUGCUUUGCAUGUGGGAUGGAAAAUGGCUUCAGGGUGUACAACACAGAUCCUCUUAAAGAAAAAGAAAAGCAAGAGUUUCUUGAGGGUGGAGUUGGGCACGUUGAGAUGCUCUUUCGAUGUAACUACCUUGCUCUUGUCGGAGGUGGCAAGAAACCCAAGUACCCACCUAAUAAAGUUAUGAUCUGGGAUGAUCUUAAGAAAAAGACAGUGAUUGAGAUCGAGUUUUCCACAGAAGUCAAAGCUGUUAAGCUACGAAGAGACAGAAUUGUGGUGGUCCUCGAUUCAAUGAUCAAAGUCUUCACUUUUACACACAACCCUCACCAGCUGCAUGUCUUUGAAACAUGCUACAACCCUAAAGGUUUAUGUGUUCUGUGUCCAAACAGCAACAACUCAUUGCUAGCAUUUCCCGGCACCCACUCUGGACAUGUGCAGAUAGUAGACCUAGCAAACACAGAGAGGCCUCCGGUGGAUAUUCCUGCCCAUGAGGGUGCUCUGUGUUGUAUUGCACUCAACCUCCAGGGCACACGGAUAGCCACGGCUUCAGAAAAGGGGACUCUAAUCAGAAUAUUUGACACGUCUGCGGGUCAUUUAAUACAGGAGUUAAGACGAGGUUCACAGACUGCAAACAUAUAUUGCAUUAACUUCAAUCAGGAUGCAUCUCUCAUCUGUGUGUCGAGUGACCAUGGGACAGUCCACAUAUUUGCUGCAGAAGAUCCCAAAAGGAACAAACAAUCAAGUUUGGCCUCAGCCAGUUUCCUACCGAAGUAUUUCAGCUCCAAGUGGAGUUUCUCAAAGUUCCAGGUCCCAUCUGGCUCACCCUGCGUCUGUGCCUUUGGAACGGAGCCCAAUGCAGUCAUAGCCAUUUGUGCUGAUGGCAGCUAUUACAAGUUCCUGUUCAACCAAAAAGGGGAGUGUUCCAGGGAUGUAUGUGCCCAAUUCUUGGAAAUGACUGAUGAGAAGAUCUGAGCACAGGCCAUACUUGGAUUCAAUUGAUUUUUUCCCCAUUUUCUGACAUUUCCAAUUUUGAAGAAUGUCAGAGGAAUAACAGUUUGUGGCAUUCCUGCCUAAGUGACUCCCUAGGGCAGGAAGACUAAGAGAUCUGUAAUCUCAAUAGCCAGUUUUUAAAGAGCUCAAAUGAAAUACUGACCAGUGGAGAGAUGGAUGAAUAAACUGACUGCAGUCAUUCAGUGGAGUGAGAAGAGGGAAACUAUUUUUGAACUGACAACAGUUGCUUUUUAAAAGGUCUUCCAUGAGAACUGCUGUUUUAUAAGCAUAGAAGUUGGCUAGAAGAAUAUUUGUCCACUAACUAUCCUACUGUAGUGAGUGCCUCUGUUAUUACUGAAGAGGAAGGAUGUGUGUAUGCUUAUUCAUCAGUCACAAUAUGUAUGGGCAUAAUAUUGGUAGCCUUAGGUUUUGUUUUACCUGUUGUAUAAACACAAAAAGCCAGGCAUAUCUAACUAUCUAACUGCAACAAUAUAGCAUAGUACAACAGAACAACAUUUACAAUGUAGAUAUGUUUUUUUUUUUAUUCAUUGUUACUUACAUGUAUGUGCAGUUUUCAUUAUUAUUAUUUUUUAUCACGAGUGUUGCAAGUUAAUCUGUCAGAACAAAUUUAGUAUUUGCUCAAGGCAUUUUAUUAGUAUGUGCAUAGUCAUGUGAGCUCCAUAAAUGGAUUACAGAUAUCCUUUUCACAAUUAGUCACAAUUUGAGAGAGAGAAGCAUCCUUCUAAAUCAGAAUUUAAUCUUGACACACACAAAAAAAAUAUUUGCAUUGCUAAAAGAAAAAAAUGCAGGGUUGAUUUGAAAUUUCAAAAACGAUUGCUUUAUCAUUAUGAACGGUGGUAUUAAUUUCAGUUAGCUAAUGAAAAUCAGUAAUCACUUCCUUUUUUUGCCAAUACUAACUACAGAAAAAAAUACCAAAGUGCCCAAUAGUAAAACCUAUAUGCUUGAACACUUCAUUUAAUUCUUCAAAAAAAAAAUUCAAACUUUGUUGAUUAGAAACUUAUGUCAAGCUUUUGUUGUGAUUGUAAAUGUACAAGUGAUUACAAAUUGUUGCACAGCGUUUAAACAUGCUGUAAUGUACGCUAUGACUGAGUUACACAGGGAUAAAUCCAACACAAUGUGUCAUGUAACAAAUUAAACGCGAUUGUAAAACAGA